AUGGAGCCAACACGAGUGGUGCUAGAGGAGUUCGAGGCACACGUGCACGACGACUACGUGCCCCGGGGCAACACGGCGCUUUUCCGCUGCCACGUUCCCAGCACGCUGAGACAGUACCUGAGCGUCACUUCGUGGACCACCGAGGACGGACUGGUCAUCGGGCGCAGGGAGACGCACUUACCCACGGAAACGAGUACCAAGUACCGCGUGACCUCGGACGGAGACCUAUGCGUGUUCGGUGUGACCGGCGCCUCGGACACCAGGCACCGGUUCCGCUGCCACGUCAAGCAUCGGCUCACCGGUGACGUGCGACCCAGCGUCAGCGCCGGCAGUCUCUUCAUCACCGAACCGAGCGGGAAGUCGGCGCCGAGGAUCCUGAAGGCGCAGGCGAGCGUGGAAACGUCUCCGGGUGAAGACGCCGAAGUGCCGUGCCUGGCGAGAGGUCAUCCUCCGCCCUCGACGCGCUGGUUCCGCCGAUCGUCGCGAGGCCUGACGCCCGUCGCCUCCCGACCGGGCACCGUGCACCUGCCGGGUCUGCUGGUACUCCGUUCGGCCGUCGAGUCGGACCAGGGACGCUACACCUGCCUCGCCAACAACAGCGUCGGGGAAGACCGCAUGGACACCGAACUGCUAGUCAGGCUGAACGUAAGCGUGACGGUGUCACCCGAAGAAGCCAGAGCCGAGCUCACGAGGCCGAUGACGUUCAACUGCACGGCACGCGGCUUCCGAGGCGGUGCCCUGUCCUUCUCGUGGCUGCACGACGGCUCCGUCCCUGGUGCGCCGAGGUUUCAGCUGCGGGCGGACGGACAGAGGCUACACCUGACGAGCGUCCAGCGGGAAGACGUCGGCGUCUAUCAGUGCUUCGUGCGCUACGGAGACGCCACCGCCCAGGGGAGCGCCCAGCUACGGCUUCACGAAACAGCACCCGAGCUCAAGUCCGUCUUCACCAAGAAGCUGGUGGACCUCGGCGAACGCUUUUCGCUCCGAUGCGUCGCCUCGGGAAACCCUCUCCCUCGAGUCACGUGGGCCCUCGACGGCGGAGUCGUGGGCGAGAGUCACCGCGUCCACUACGGCGACUUCGUGAGCUCCGCCGGCGACGUCGUCAGCUACGUCAACGUGACGUCGUCGACCCGAGACGACGGGGGCCUGUACCGUUGCGAGGCGUCCAACGAACUUGGGAGCGCUUGGCACGACGACAGAAUAGACGUUCGAGGACCUCCGCGUGUGCGGCCCAUGGGCAACCUGACGGUGACGUCGGGGACAACGCUAAUGUACCACUGCCCGUUCACCGGACAUCCAGCACCCAAGGUGACCUGGUCACGAGGAGGACGAGAUCUGCCCCACAACGAACGGCAGCGUACCUUCGACAACGGGACUAUUAUAGUCGUCGACGUCACACGGGAAGCAGAUGAAGGCGUCUACACGUGCAAGGCUACCACACCCAAGCUACAAGCUAAGGAAGACCUCCUCGUCAAGAUCAUCAAGAAGACGGUGCUGAACCCGUUCAGCUUUCCCAAGACCCUGGCCGAAGGGAUGCAGGUGGUGAUCACGUGCUCGGUCCGCUCGGGAGACACGCCCAUCAAGAUCUGGUGGCUCAAGGACGGCGUUCCCUUCAGCAAGACGCAGCUGAACAUCCACGAGGCGUCCCUCGGGGACCUCGGCUCCAACCUGGUCUUCAACGAAGUGGGCCGGGCCCACAACGGGAGGUACACCUGCGUGGCGGAGAACGAUGGAGGCAUCACCAACCACACGGCAGAGCUGGUCGUCUUCGGCGAGGACCCGGGCAAAACGUUCAAGUCCAUAAUCAGCAAUUACCAUAUGCAGAUGUUUGAGAACGGUUCGCUCAUCAUCAACGACGUGGAACCCAAGGACGCUGGCAAAUACUUGUGCGAGGCCACCAACGGCAUCGGCGUCGGACUCAGCACCGUCGUUCGCCUCUCGGUGCACGUGGCGGCUCAUUUCAAGGUUAGUUACCAGGCCCUGCGCGUGAACAAGGGCGAGCAGGCAAGACUGGUGUGCGAAGCAUUCGGAGAGAGGCCACUCGCCAUGUCCUGGAAGAAGGAUAACCUCAUCUUGGAUCACCGGUACAUCUCCAGCUUCACUCAAGAGGAUACGCCAACGGCAGAUGGCCUCACGUCUUCCCUUCGGUUCGCUGCAGCCGAGCGGAGCGACUCCGGACUGUACACCUGCCUGACCUCCAACAAGUUUGGAAAAGACGAAACGAAUAUCAAGCUUCUCGUUCAAGAGACGCCCGAUUCUCCGGAUGACAUCCGCGUGGUGGAAGCGUCGAGCCGCCGCAUCACUCUGCGAUGGAAUGCGCCCUUCAAUGGAAACAGCGACAUCAUCGGAUACUUCAUUCAAUGGAAAGAAGUUGCUGGUUCCUGGCAAAAGGAUGCCCGGCAAUUAGAAGUGAGCGCAGCAAAUACUACGGCAGUACUGGACGAUCUGCAGCCGAUAACGUCGUACCACCUUCGUGUGCUCUCGGUGAACCAACUGGGGCGGAGCGACCCCAGUUCUAUGAUAUCGGUCACCACAGAUGAAGAAGUGCCUUCCAAGCCCCCGGAGGAGCUCGUAGUGGUUCCUGUCACUUCCCAAAUACUGAAGGCCUCUUGGAAACCUCCACCCAACUUCUCCGCUCACGGCCGCAUCCGGGGCUAUUACGUGGGCUACAAGCCCCUCGGCUCCGGAGAAUCGUUUGUAUACAAGACCAUCGACGUGUUGGACGGCUUCGUGCCCGAGAUCAGCAUCGGUAACCUGAAGCGCUCUACAAAAUACACGGUCAUCGUGCAAGCAUUCAACGGCAAAGGCGCCGGACCACCGUCGCCGGAAGUCACAGCACAGACCUUUGAACACGAUCCUCCACAGCCUCCAGCAGUGCACAUUGUGUCAACGUCGGCCACAGCAGUCACUGUUUCCUGGGACGUUGCAAAGAAGGACACUCAGCCAAUUACAGCUCCGCUCGCCCCGGACAAGAACGAGCUGGUGACGAGCAACUCGACGGCCGUGUCCCUGCACCUGCGCUCGUGGAAGGACGGCGGCUGCCCGAUCCGCUUCUUCGCUGUCCAGUACAAGCUGCGCGGACAGCGGGAGUGGACGGCCGUGCCGGAGACCAUCGACGCCUCGCUGGCCGAGUUCUACGUCGUCACGGGCCUCCAGUCGGGCUCCUGGUACCACCUCCUCGUGUCUGCGAGCAACGACGCCGGUUCCACGGAGGCCCAGUUUGUGUUCGCAACACUCACCCUGAGUGGAGGUAUGCGUGACCUACAACGCAACUACUCUACCGGGGAAUACGUCUAG